CUUCAUUGGACCCCAACAGGCAAUUUAACACCUCAGGGAGUGAGCUUGUUUACUUGGUUGCUCGGCCCCAGCCUUUUCCCUUCCCCUCAUCUUCCCCUAUCUAUGCCCCGGACGAUGUCACCGCAAGGGACAUCUCGCGCAAGAGCCUCUAGAAGCUGCGGCAACUGUCGAGCCGUCAAACGACGUUGCGACCAGAAGCUCCCUCACUGUGGACAGUGUAUUCGCACGCAAAGCGAAUGCCCCGGCUACCGAGAUGAAUGGGAGCUUGUGUUCCGCGACCAGACCAAACAGACGAUCACACGAUCCAGGAAGAAAGAGGCAGAAAAGACGGCCUCGUCGACCAAGGAUCACGACUCCCCCCGACCCGUGUGCGGCCUGGGCCCCAGUGUGGACGAGAUAGGCGUCAACUACUUCCUCCGGAACUUUGUGGUUGGGGGGCAGUCGCCCGCGCAUGGCUUCCUCAACUACAUCCCCACCGUGUUCAGCGCCGAUGGCGAGCACCGGACGCUGGUGGCCAGCCUGGCGGCAGUAGGCCUCAUGGCGAUGGCAGGGCAGCAACCCGAGCUGACGAGCCACGCGCGCCUGAAAUACUCGGAGGCGAUCCACAACAUCAACAGGGCGCUGGCAUCGCCGGUGGAGUCUGUCAAGGACAGCACGCUCAUGUCGGUCAUCUCGCUGGGGGUGUUUGAGCACAUCUCCAGCUUCGAGUCGUGGGUGCGACACGUCGAGGGGGCUGCUGCGCUGGUGGUGGCCCGGGGCAGGAGCCAGUUCUCCAACCCGGCCGCCAUCCUCAUGUUCAACCAAGUGCGCGCCGACAUGGUCGUCGCGUGCAUCCAACGCAUCCAACCGUUCCCGGCCGACAUGUGGGAGCUGCAGGAGGAGGCCAGCAGGAGGAUGCAAGGCUCGAGUGCAUUCUGGUCGCUGGGGGUGCUGGCCACCCGCUGUGUCAAUCUGCUCUGGAGCGUCACUUUCAACGGCGGCAAGACGGCCUGGUGUGACCUGCUGGACGUCGGAACCAGGCUCCAGGAUGAGCUGGAAGAUGUUGCGGGCAUUCUGGCCGUCCAGGCGCCCUAUACAACCACCCGAGACGUCGCAGGGGACCCGGAAAUCGUCUACAAUGGCCGGAUCGACCUGUACAGUACCUCGUGGACGAUCCGGCUCUGGAACCACGCCCGGAUUCUGCGGAUCAUCACCGGCGAGAUCGUCUACUACCUCCUGGCCAAGAUCCUGGCCAUGGGGGCCAUCCCGGCCGGCCAGACGGCGCAGAUGCAGUGCCGGGUCGAGGAAACGGUGCAGACGCUGUCCGCGCUGGGAGACGACAUCCUGGCCACUGUUCCCCAGGCGCUGGGGUUCGUCUCUGCGGCGUCGGGGGCGGUGGUGUCUAGACAGCAUCAUGCCUCGAUUGACCACAAGUCGCACGCCAGCGUGUCGGGCGGGUAUAUGCUGACCUGGUGUCUGUACACCGUGGGCAAAGCGCCGGUCAUCAAGAGUCAGACGCGAUGGUGGAUCAUCCGGCGUCUGGAGGAUAUUGGGAAAAUCAUGGGCAUCGCGCUGGCGCUAGAUUUGGCGGAGGAUGUAGUCAGGAUAGAGAAGCUGAUAGGUGAUUCUGACAGAAAUUAAAUCAAUAUGUAGCUAUAGAGUAGAGCUCUAUUAAGCUACUCUAGACCUACAGCCCUAAUCAUCUAGAUUUGAAGCCG